GGCGCGGCGGGAGCAGGUGCGGCCGCCCGGCACCGCGGGGGCGGAGCGGGGGGCGGUGGCGCCGGCGCCGGGCCGGCAGGUGGGGGCUGCCGGGAGGCGGAGGGCGAGGAGCCGGGUGGGUUCGUCCGCCCGCCUCUGGAGGUGCGGCCGGCGGCACGGCGCGGCGAGUGGGCUGCCGCGGGAGGCGCACGGCGGUGGCGGUGGCGGCGGCGGUGACCGCGUCCGCAGCCCGGGCCGCGGAGGGGCCGGCGGGGCCCCUUGCUGCAGAGCCAGAUGUACGGGACGCGGGGCUGCGAAGGGUCGGCGGGGAGGUGCUGGGGGCUGCCGCCGCCGCUGCUGCCGCGGCCGGGGGGGAGCCCUUAGCUGUGCGGGAAGCGGGGAAGCCGUGUCGGGAGCUGUUAUUUUCUCCUCCUUCCUUUGCCUUCCCUCUAGUCCCUCCUCCCCCUCCUCACCAAAACCGGGAGAGGAGGCGUGUUCGGUGCCUUGCUGCACCGGUUUUGCUUGGUUUGUUGUUGCAGGGUUUGGUUCUCAGGGUGGCUGGUUUCUUUCUUUUUUUCUCCUUUCUCUUCCAACCUCCCCGCCUUCUCCCUUCCUCUCCUUUGGCCCAUCGCGUGCUCGGAUCCGGCUGGAUCCUUCCUUUGCUUUUCGGCGGUGCCUCUCGGAAGGGGGAAGGGAGAGCGGGGAUGAGUGCAGCUUGACGCACAGGCGAGGAGCGGGGGGGCACCGCCGGCAGCUGCAGCGGUUCGUGGCCGCAGGCUGCGGGUGAGGAACAGAGAGAGCGGGGGGCUCCCUCGGUGCCUCCCCUUUUCUUCACCCCUGUCCUUCCUCCCCUCCUCCCUCUCUCCCUCCCCCAUCCGUCUCCUGCCGGGUCCGGCUGGGAGCGUGUGUGCAAUAUCUUACGUUGCAAGGUGUGUGUGUGUGCGUGUGCGCGGAGCAGAGGGAGGGAAGGACUCGCGAGGGAGCCGGGGCUGCCCCGGCCCCCCCUAUGUGAGCCUCCGCGGGCGGCUGGAUGGCGAUAGACCGACGCCGUGAGGCGGGCGGCGGGGGCCGGCCGCUGCCCGAGGAGAACGGCUCGGUGCCGGGGGCCGUCGGGGGGGGCGCCGCCGUCCCCCCGGGGCCUCCCCCCGCCAACGCCGCCGGGGCCGAGAUCCAGGCGCUGCCGGUGCCCCCGCCCGCCGCCGCCUGCAGCCCGCUGCUCCUCGACUACGACGGCUCGGUGCUACCCUUCCUUGGGGGGCUGGGCGGCCGGUAUCAGCGGACCCUGGUGCUGCUCACCUGGGUCCCGGCGCUCGUCAUCGGCUUCAGCAAGUUCUCGGACUCCUUCCUCCUGGACCAGCCCGACUUCUGGUGCCGGGAGGCGGACGGGCAGGGCAACUGGAGCGGGACCCUGGCGCCGAUCCACGCCAAUUACAGCGGCAACGGGAGCAUCUUCCCCCCGCCCGGGCUGCCCACCCCCGCGGGGGGCAACGCCAGCGAGUGCGGCUGCCGCGAGUGGCACUACCGCAUCAGAGCCGGCCUCGUCCAAAACGUCGUGAGCAAGUGGGAUCUUGUUUGUGAUUCUGCCUGGAAAGUCCACAUUGCUAAGUUCUCCCUGCUUGUAGGAUUAAUCUUUGGCCACUUGAUAACAGGAUGUAUAGCCGACUGGGUUGGUCGACGACCUGUACUGCUCUUCUCUGUCAUAUUCAUUUUGAUAUUUGGACUGACUGUGGCACUCUCAGUGAAUGUGACCAUGUUCAGCACACUCAGGUUUUUCGAGGGAUUUUGCCUGGCUGGAAUAGUCCUCUCCCUGUACGCACUGCGGAUAGAGCUCUGUCCUCCUGGGCACCGGUUCAUGAUCACCAUGGUGGCGAGCUUCAUCGAGAUGGCGGGGCAGUUCCUCAUGCCCGGGCUGGCUGCCCUCUGCAGGGACUGGCAGGUCCUCCAGGCAGUCAUCAUCUGUCCCUUCCUGCUGAUGCUGUUUUACUGGGUUAUUUUCCCAGAGUCUCUUCGGUGGCUGAUGGCUACACAACAGUUUGAGGCAUCCAAGGAACUGAUCCUUCAGUUCACGCACAAGAACAGGAUGAACACAGAAAGCGACAUCAAAGGAGUGGUGCCUGGGCAUAGGAUGGACGAAUCAGUGCAUAGGAUGGACGAUGAUGUGGGAAUGAAGCUGUUGUCUGUUCCUCAUUUGUUGCAGAAUUUGGAAGAGCUGGAAAAGGAAAUCACCAGGAGACCGAAGAAAGUCUGCAUUGUUAAAGUGGUGGGAACGAGGAACCUGUGGAAAAACAUCGUAGUGUUGUGUGUGAACUCGCUGACUGGUUAUGGCAUACACCAUUGUUUUGCAAAAAGUAUGAUGGGGCACGAAGCGAAGAUGGCGAUUACCCACAACUUCUAUGCGGACUACUACACCAUGGCUGGGAUUGCGCUGGCAUCCUGCCUGGCCAUGUGCCCUGUGGUCGGGUUCCUGGGGAGGAGAGGAGGACUCCUGCUCUUCAUGAUACUUACAGCUCUGGCAUCACUUCUGCAGCUGGGCCUUCUCAACUUGAUUGGAAAAUACAGUCAACUUCCAGACUCAGGUAUGAGUGACAGUGUCAAAGACAAAUUCUCUGUUGCAUUUUCCAUCGUGGGUAUGUUUUCUUCGCAUGCUGUUGGAAGCCUCAGCGUGUUCUUCUGUGCUGAAAUCACACCCACAGUAAUCAGGGGUGGCGGGCUGGGGCUGGUGCUGGCCAGCGCGGGCUUCGGCCGCCUGACCGCCCCCAUCAUGGAGCUCCACAACCAGAAAGGUUACUUCCUCCACCACGUCAUCUUCGCCUGCUGCACACUCAUCUGCAUCAUCUGCAUCCUGCUGCUGCCUGAGAGCAAGAACCAGCACCUGCCCGAGAACAUCCCGGAUGGGGAACAUUACACCCGGCAGCCCCUCCUGCCGCACAAGAAGGGGGAGCAGCCCCUGCUCCUGACAAACUCUGAACUCAAGGAUUACUCUGGCCUCCAUGACUCAGCAGCUGUGAGUGACGGCAUCUCGGAGAACACCACUGCCAACGGGAUGAAGUAGAUGUAACUGGGUGGAUUUUUUUCCUUCUCCUUUUUUUUUUUAAUUAUUUUAUUUUCCCUUCUUAUAUUUCUUCUCUUCCUUUUGUAUUUUAUUUGACGCUGUUGUGCGGGAGGAGUUGCACUUCGGGCAAAGGUGUUUUGCACAGAUUUUACAAACCAGUGAUGGAGCAGACACAAACUUAGAGGAAUUCAACUCUGCUACUAAAGCAAAUUUUGGCAUCUUCAACAGUUGUGCAGAUUACUUUUGAAAAGUUUUGGGGGAAAAGACUCAUUUGAGAAAAGACCUGGCUGGCAGUAGCCCUUCAGAACUCUUUUUUUCCUGCCAUUAAAUAUGUAUAUUUAUUUUGAUUUAUUCUCAAGAAGCACUUUAUUUCCUUUUCCCUUCAUAGAUCACAAAAAUGAAGCCAUCUUUUAAGAGGUGCAGCCAUUCCAAGAAAGAAACCAUGGGGGGAGGGGGAGUGUUGUUUUCUGUUUUGUUUUUGUGUUUCUUUAAAGGAAAGAGGGAUUCACUGCAAAGUUGAAUUGACUUAGACUUGUGCAACAUUCUUCUGCCUGUCUAGAAAGUCCAAGUGCCCAGAUUGCCUGCUGUGUUUGUAUACACUAAAAAACAGGGGGAAAAAAAGAAGAAAAAGCAAAGCAAAACCUGUUGUGACUCAAACUCUGACUGCAUUUUAGGCAGCUUAUAUUUGUGUUUAUAGCCCAUGUGCACUUAAAAGUUACUUUCUAAAUUAGUCCUUUUUUGUUUUCAUUGAAUGCAUUGGAGAAAAUCCUACCCCAACAAGCUGAUUUUUCAAUGAGAAUCAGCUUUCUGCAUUUUAAGAAUAUAUUAAUCUAUUUUAGGUGGUUGCCACUGGUCCUUAAUUGUAAUGUAGAUGAUGCAAAUUAUUUGACUAAUGAUGCAAAAAUGAGUUUUGCCUAGAAUGGUUAUAAUUAUCAGGAGGCCCAGGACCUUUGACUGCUCCAGGAAAAAAGCAUAGACCAGCAAUGAUAAAUAGUAAGGAGCAUGGGCAAUGAUCUAUACCUUUAUUCCAAAAGGCAGCAUAGCUGGGAUAUCUGCUCCUGGGAAAUGAGUGUCCUGGUAUUUAUUGUCUUAAGUGUUUUUAGAACCAGAAUUUGGGUUUUCAAUUUAAGUGGGAAAACCACUUAAAUGACUGUUGGAAAGGAAUUAAUUGAUAGCCUGUGAAUAAUGACUUACUGAGCUGUCUUGGGCUCUUAGAGAUGUGCUCUGGUUCUGACCCAAGAAUAUACAAUGAACUCACCCUUAUUUCCCCACUUUCCUGACUGCUCUUGUAAGAUUUUAGUUGAGGAAAAAAGUUUACUUAAAUUUGAUUAAUUCUACACAAAGUGAACAUCCAGUUUACCUCCUGCUGUGCUGAUGGCACUUUGACAGUGGCCACUUGACUUCUCUCCUCCAGCCCCCAAAUUAUUUCCUUAGGCCAUUGGCUUUCGGUUCUCACUCAAGAGAAUAUCGUGAGGAUCUAUUUCAAUGCAAGGACUCUGUAAAAAGCUUUCUUGCAUUGUAGUUAACUCUCCCCUCUCUCCCUCCCUCUUCUCCUUUCUCACUCAGGCCAUCCAUUUGUGAUUGCUCGGUAGUGCAGACGUUCAAGCAGAGCAGCAGGAUGUCAAUGUUGUACUGACUGUCCGUAUGAUGCCACUUUGUUUGAUGUACAUCUUGCAUUCAUAUGCAGGAGAAGUGCUCAUCUGCACUCUCCUCUACUCCCUUCCCUCCCUCUUCCUCCCUUCCUGUAUAUAUUGUCGAUUAACUACUGUACCUAACAAUUUCCAUCCUCCAUUAGGCUGCCAAUGUCCUCUUACAGUUCCCAAUAAAUCAGAGAUCCAUGCUCCCCGGCAGGCCAUGCAGUAAGGUAGCACAGCCUCAGAUGCUGAUGGAUGCAAGGGGACAGGCAGACCUGCAGAAGCAACAGAGGCGGUUGCGUUCAGAGUAACAAUGUUGUCCUAAAGCUGCUAAUUUUUACAGAGGAUGAUGUGGACAUUUGGGUUCUUCUUGAGCCUGGUAAGAAACACUGGACCAGUUGAUGGUAGUUUCGCCCAGAGUUACACUGCUGGUUUUUAUCACCUUUGUUAAACUUGCUGUGACAGCAAGAGCCUGAUCUUCCUUACACUCAAGUUUUAUUGUCAGGCUUGAGUGCGGCUGCUUCUUUUUGUUCUGUGCCGAGACCUUUGCAGUCUGUGUUCACCUGAGGAAAGAACCCAGCCCUUCCCCACUCGUGCAGUAUUCACACGCCAAAUUUGUGCAAUACCUUUUGCCUUCGAUGUGAGAUGCUUGUUGCAAGCCACACACAUUCGGGGACGAAAGAAAUGGGUUCACAACAAAAAGCUGAAGAAGCAAAACAAGGCUCCAGGGAAGAGAGAAAGGGCCUGAGAGAGGAGAAGGUGCGAGCACAGAGGCAGAAAGCAGCACCCUGCCGUCCAUCGUGCUGCGGAGCCAGUGGCUCCUUCCUUCGUGGACUUCUUCGUGGCCCGUGUGCUCAAGCUGCGGUACAGCUCUUGCAGACCAUCCACAGGCCUGUGAACCCGGCUGCUUCCAGCACUGUCAGUGCUCCUGGUGAGCUCACCGCUGCUGUCCACAGCGCUUUAUCGUUUCCUAUUCUGGUGGCUGCUCUCCGAUGACAGGCACAGGGAAAAGAAUACUUGUUUAAACAUAUCAACAUUUAGAUAGUGAAUACAUUAGGUGACAGGAACAUGCAGCGAUUUUUUUUUUUUUUUGUUAAGAAAAGAAUCUUAUGAAGUUGAUUUGAUCUGCUGCUUUCUUGCUUGAAACCAGGUAGUCGGUACUGAUCUGCAAUGAAGGGACCCCCAGCUUCUCUAGUCAGUCUGGCCCUCUGCCUCUGUCACGACAAUAAAGCAAAAACUAACUUCCUGCCUUGGCAGUUCUAGUUUUGCUCCUUUUCCUGAAAACAUGAACACUUCUGUGAUGAUUAUGUUCUUCCACACAUGCUCAUGGAGUUGGAAAGCUUUCACUAAACCUGUCUUGUGUGGAGGAGCCAAGUACCAGGUGAUGCAGCAGGGCAGAAAGGAAGUGUGGGGAUGCUUGCCCUGCCUUGUCUAGUCCCGCAGCGGGACAGGGCUCUCUGCUGGGGUCCCAGCCUGCUGCACCAUUGGCUCCUCGGCCAUGUCUCCUCUGCAGCCAUCACCAGGAAAGGCUUUUCUCAGGCGGCUCUUUCUGGCCACCACAGCAGGGGAAGCAGUCCAAGCUGUCUUGUCCAUUUUUGGCCUUUUUCUGUGAUCCUUCAGUAACCUCUAAGCCCAUCAGUAGAUUUUUCUUUGGGUUUACCAUUUAAGGGCUUUCUCCAUCUUCGUAAGUUCAAACAAAAAUGUGAAGUGACAUUAUGCUUGAUCUUGGGGGUUUUGUCCCCCUUGUAAGAUUUCAGUACUGCUUUUGUUGCCAGACACACUGCAAACAGAUAACACCUGUUUGCAAGUGUUUUGUGGCCACUCUGAAAGGGGGUUGUGUGAUUUACUUUUGGGUUUCACUGAGCAGGCUUUUUUUGUUGUUGUCGUUUUUAGUGGAAGUAUUUUACUUAACUGUUGCCACUUCCUGGAGACAAACACUUGAUUGGUCACCAAAUUGGAAGCAGAAGUGCCAUUAACUGAACUCUGUGAAUGUCAAGUCAAGUUGCGCCUGUAGCUGGCACAUAAGACAACACUAUUGAGUGGAGGGAUGAUCUCCCCCACUGUAACUUUUUUUUUAUUAUUUUUUAAGAAAAAAAAUGAAAUUACAAACCUCAUUUUAAAUGUAUUGUGUAAAAUGUUUUGGGAAAGGAGUAAGGUGUGUUUUGUCUAGUGGGCGAGAUCUCCCUCCCCAUUUCAGUUUCUGAUGAAGUUUUAAAGAAUCGUGUUACUGUAUGUUUUGAUCAUGAAUAGUCUGGUGGUGCUUCCUCAUAGCACAAGCUUAAAUCAAGUACUGAAAACAGUCUUACAAGCUAAAUGUCUGCAUGAUGUUACAUCUGUUGUACCUACUGAGAAGAACUUUGUAUGUAAAUGUACAGAAUAAAAUGAUGUUGUCCCAUCAG